GAGUCCCCGCAGCGCCGGUCGGGAGCGCAUCGCGGCGCAGCUCGGCGCGCACGGCGGUAGCGGCGCGCGAGUGGUCGGGCCUGGCGGCUGGACGGGCGCCCCUCGCUGCCCCGCGCGCUCCCCGCCGCCCCCCAUGAGCACAGCCCCGCGAGGCCCGGGUCCGUAGGCGGCGGGGCGCCCCCCCCCAUGCUGCUGCAGCCCGCGCCGUGCGCCCCGAGCGCGGGCUUCCCGCGGCCCCCGGCCGCCCCCGGCGCCAUGCACGGCUCGCAGAAGGACACCACGUUCACGAAGAUCUUCGUGGGCGGCCUGCCGUACCACACCACCGACGCCUCGCUCAGGAAGUACUUCGAGGGCUUCGGCGACAUCGAGGAGGCCGUGGUCAUCACCGAUCGCCAGACGGGCAAGUCCCGCGGCUACGGCUUCGUGACCAUGGCAGACCGGGCGGCAGCUGAGAGGGCUUGCAAAGACCCGAACCCCAUCAUCGACGGCCGCAAGGCCAACGUGAACCUGGCAUAUCUGGGCGCCAAGCCUCGGAGCCUCCAGACGGGCUUUGCCAUUGGGGUGCAGCAGCUGCACCCCACCUUGAUCCAGCGGACUUACGGUGGGAUGAGGCCUUCCCACCUGCAUCUGGGCUCUCUCUGAUCCACGCAGCUGCCUGUGGGACUCCAUAACCAUCAGUGCUCGGCCUCUGGGGCUUGCAGAUGUGGGUUCGAAUCCUGACUUUGCCGCUUACCAGCUGGGUCUGUCUUGGCAGUGGCAUCCUCCUUAUCCAGAAAACAGGAACAUUAACUGCUUAAAACAGUGGACUGAAACUAUUCUUACUUUAUAGGUGGGGAAACUGAGGCAGAGAAAGGCUAACCACAUGUCCGGGCCCCGGGAGGGGGUGAGGUAAUAGACGUCUGGGAGGAGAUUAGAACACAGGUGGUGGGUGCCUGAACAUAUGCUUUCUUGGUGGGGUAGAGUGGGAAGGGCCCCGACCCGACCUUUCCCUUGCUGUCCUGGAGUCCUGUGAACACCACCCAUCCAGAAGCAGUUGGGAUCGGUCACAGAGUUUGCCACUGUGUGCACCCGACUUCAGGCGACGGUGUUUUGUAACUAAAUCUGCUGGCUGGCCGUUAAUACCUGUGACGGUGAAGAGGCCGCAGACUCUAUUCGUUGGUGCCAAAGGGUGGAGACCCAAACAGGGACGGUGUCAGAGGGACCAUCCGCUCUUGGUUUCCUGGGAGAUCUGAACUCAAGCCUCUGAGAAUUGCACCGCCUGCUGCCCCUGCCUCUAGGCCUUACUGAGGUGGGUGGGGGGAGGCUCCCGGGUGCAGCUCCUGGGUGCAGCGGGGCGGGCUGCCUGGGUCAGCUGUCUGCCCCCAGCCCCCGCCCACUGGAGAGCUGGAGAGCUGGGCCGUCAGCGUCCCUUUUGUCUUUGUGAACAAUCAGGCCCCGGGAGCACAGCCGGGCCUGACUCAGCGGCCAGUUUUGUCGGCCUUGGGCUGGCAGCGAGGCCCGCCCUGCUGUUGGCUGAGGGCAUGGAGGGAGGUGGGAGCCAGGAGCCCGGGCAACUGAGGGUUGUCCACCAGUUAACCCCUUCCAUGCCUAGCUGAACUCUUCCUCGACUUUCUGACCCCGACCUUUCAUACCUUGCCCUGGACAACUCUGAAGAUCCCACAGCUCUGCUUUUAGGCAACACCCUGUGGAAUCUUCGCCUGGCUGGGUCUUAAAUGUUAGUUUAGGAUGAUUUACCAAAGAACUUUACACUUUAUGCUAUUUGCCGGGAUUUCCUUGUGUCUUUCUUUUUUUUAAGUUGAACAGGCUCUGUGAGACCUAACUCACCUGUGCAUUUCUGACUAACUGUAUGUGGCGGGGCCAACGUCCGCGGUUUGGAGGAGCCUUCCUCUGCGGUGGCAAGUGCAGGAGCCGGUGGCCCUGGCCCGCCAAGGGUGUCUGCCAGCUGAGCGUGUCCGUCACCUGCUGGAGGGAGGGGAGCUGCAGCCGUCUGGAGAGGGUCUGUGCCCAGGCAGAGCUUAGUCUGGCCUGGAAGGUGCCCUGGUGUCAGGGGGUGUCUGUCCAUUCCUGGGCUGAGGGCACUGGGAGUAGAGGUUUAUCCUGGGCCUGACUGCGCCCAGAGCCUCUCCUUGGGUUAUUUUUGAAGGACGAGCUGCUUCCCUGGGUGCAGCUCUCCCUGCCUGUUAAGGGGGCCUGACUGUGGCCUUGACUCCCGUUCACUGAGUGCCUCGCUAUGUACAUUCUAGAAUGUUGGAAGGGGGUGGAACAUCCCUGGCCUCCACCCCUAGAAGCUAGUAGCAUUGCCUCCCCCAAGUCAUGACUACCGAAAUGUCUCCAGACAUUGCCAGUGUCCCCUGGGUUUAGUGGUAUGAGGACGAGUAUCUGUGAGUCUCUUGGACCUUGCUUCAUGGUCACAAGAUGACUGUCACAGCUCCAGACAACGCAGCCACAUUCAGGGCAGAAAGGACAAUAAGGGAUAGUACGAACUGCCUCUGUC